CCUGUUGGAUGCUGAUAAACAAGGGUGAACUUAUUUAAGGAGAUCAUAUAAGCCAGUCCUGCACUACAUUGGAAGUUAUUCACCGAAGCGUCAGCUGCUAGAACAUGGCUGUCCAGUGGAGCGUCGCGUCAUGUAAACUGUUUGAGAAUCUGUACAGGGGCCCCGGGUGUAUUGAGCUGUUCUGCGCUCGAGGAAAUAAUCCAGCCAAGAACUGGAAACUCACCGGCUCCUCUUCAGCCAUUCGCAGAGAUUACAAUAAAGACCUCCGAGGACUUGUUUACCGCCUGGAUGCAGGCAGCAGAAUGGUCAAAAUGCAAAUGCCAGCAAAUGAAAAAAUGUCCCUGGGGAUUGAACAACGAUUCCUGGUGUUCCAGGUCAACAUUCCAGAUGAAAAAGAUUUCUCCUUUGAACUUGUGGUGACUGGUGUGGACAACAUCCAGAGACGACUCUACUUCUCCACGAUGCGCAGGCAGCUGUGCACCUCGUCGCUUUUCAACGCUCAGAUCCCAGUCAUGGGAAUCAAGCGCGAUGUUUGGUCCACUUUGUUCUUUGACCUCAAAUCAUUCAGUGAAGUGUUCACUACCAAAGGGCGGCUGACUCUGAACACUAUCACCUUACACGCAAACUGUGAAGUGCGUCGAAUCUUCACCAUGGAACCACAAGCAGGAAUAUCCAACCUCGACUUUUUCCUGGAUGAAACCGCUCUCAUGCGCAUGAUCCCCGCCAACUAUAAGUACCCGAAACACAUCAGCGAUGAGGUCCAAAUCUUGGACUUGGCAAGCUGCAAGCGGCAGUUGAGAGAACAAGUCCUGAUCCUUCAAGACAAAAGAGAACCCGAUGACCUGAGAACCACGAUGAAGAACCAAGGCUGAAAACGAGUCGUAAAUGGAGCUGACAAGUCGAGUGAUGGCUGUCGUGAUGACGGAGGCUUGAAGAUCCGGUGUUUGAUAAGGAACCAAAGUCUCCUGUAAACCCUGAUGCCUGGAUUAUUUCGACGCUAUUUAUAAUGUAAAAACGAAAAUAGUCGGAAAAAGAAUUGUUUUUCAUUUUAAACAGCCACAAAUUGCUUUCACAAAAGUGAUUAUAUAACACUAAACUAUUUACUAUAACUCUUCAGGAACUUGUCGCCCCUUCUUCUACCACCCCAGUUAGCACACACCUCUAUGCUAGCAAAAAUUAUUUAAUGGUCGCCUCAGUUCAACUCACCUGUAACAUGUCCCCAUGUGUUUUGAACUUUGUUUUGAUCCGACUCCCUAAUGUUGGUGCUGCUUCAUUGUGUCGUCCUGCUGUUGUCAGAAGUGUUUCGCAUCUGCUCAGGCUAAGCUACAUGCUGAGGAGUCUGGGAAAUGAAGAAACAAGUAGAUUUGGAAAAAGAUUCUUGUGCAUGUUGCGAAUAAAAAUAGAAAACUCCAUCUGGAUUUUGGUCUUUUGUGACCGUUUGCUAGUGUUUUCCAGCAUCGCUGCCCAGCUAACCCUCACAAGGUUAAAGUGGCAAGUCCAUUUCCUAAAUACUGAAAUGCUACUUGUGACUCAGAGAAGAGUUUCCAAGUUUAAAACCAGCUGCUU